GCUCAGUACAUCCGUACCGGCGAUACCGACUGACCGACUCUCUCUCCUCAGACGUUCUGCCGUUGUCUUGCACGUUAAUAUAAUAUAUUGUUUUUUUUCUUCUUCAAAUUUGUCGAUAAUAAUCGUUUGUGUUCUGAACCGUGUUCUGAGCGAAGAGCCAAAGUUUAUUUAAUUGUUUUUUUUUGUUGUUGGGAGAGGUGUUUUAAUAAUAACAUAUUUAACGACAACAACUAAACCUUCCCCGCAAGUACUGCCCGUGUGUAGAACACUCGCUACGUGUAAAUGAUAUUCCGUCGUUAAUGUGCUGCCACCCCUACGUGGACCCGAAUGUAAAAUGACCGUUGGUGGCAAUGGACGGGACAGCCACUGCGUACUUGGUGCUCGGUCUGACGAUCGUGUCGCUGGGACAAGCUGCGGCUGCGGUAACGGUUCCGUUCAAAGGUCGGCGGCAACAGAGGUCGUCGCCGGAUGUCGCAGAAGACAUGGCCGCGGCCUUUGGUCCUUCGGCGGCCGACGGCGACGAGUGGCUGCACUUGCAGAACAACGAGAUAUCUGCGGCUCCAAUUGUGGACUAUGCACCGCCGUCGUCCGACAUGGAUUACUACGCCAACGCUUACAUGGAAAAAAUGGUUCGACGAUGGGCACCACUGGUUUGGUUGGCACCAGACGAACAGUUCCUGCCGGGAUCCGUGACCGAUUUCCUGAGUCACGUGACACCCAGACCCCGAUCGCCCAUAGAUCUGGCCAACUCAAAACUACCAAUGGGUCCAAAUUCGCAAACGUGGUUUUUGGUCACCAAGUCCGAAGUCGAACAUUUGUUGGAGAACACCACAUCGGUACUGUACGGACAGAAUCCGAACUCGGCGAGGGUACCCGUCUACGCACGAAUCACAGAAUGCGGCCAUAAGAAAUUCCACGUUUCCUAUUGGCUUUUCUUUCCGUUCAGUCAAGGCAAGCCAAUUUGCACUCUGGACAUUGGCGUGCUAGGUCCACUGCCCCUGCCGCUCAUCAACAACCAGUGUUUCGGCACGCUAAAAGAAUUUGGCAGCCACGUCGGUGACUGGGAGCACAUGAGUCUCAUGUUCAACGGCAGCGACGAACCGCAAGAGAUGUAUGUGUCGGUGCACGACGCCGGUGCAUUUUACCGGUACGAUGGCAACCGACGGAAGUUCGUGUUCGACCGGCAAGAAGUGCGCAAAGGCUUCAUGCAAAAGCCAAAAUUUCCGGAAGUAGUCCAUUUGACCAAGAAAGGAUAUCAUCCGGUGCUGUUCGCGGCCAAAGGCUCGCACGGUCUUUGGACGGCUCCGGGAAAACACAAGUACGUCCGGCUACCGCGGCUGUACGACGAUAGCGGUUACGGUUCGCCGUGGAAGACUUGGUUGAAGGUGGAAAUGCUGAAGACGUCCAAGAAACUUCCGUUGUGGAUGCAGUUUUACGGCAAAUGGGGAAAUCCGCACAGCAAAUGUCACCCGUUGGCCCGGAUGGGACUCCAGAUUUGUCAGUUCACCGACGGUCCUACCGGUAUACCUAUGAAGCCGCAUGAUUUCCAAUGCUAAAAAAAAACACAGCCGACACAUUUCGUCGGACAUCCUCUUGUCGAAGAGAAAUUCGCCUGACGGGUGCGAUGAAUAUCAACACCAUGACCCGACUUUCGAUUGUGGGACGUGUUCUAGGUCAUAUCGCAUGAUGGUCACCGUCUGAUAUUUUUUUCGUUGUUUUUAUUGUUAUUAUUAUUAUUAUUAUUAUUAUUAUUAUUAUCAUAGAACUUAGUACCUUAGUACAUGGUAUACACCACGCUGUACGUCCGAUCGACAUUAAGUGCUCCGUAUAAUCGUUAAAAUAAUAUUGGAUUAUGUGCUCUAGGAACGUGCACUGAGAGAAAGUAGGACUUCCCAUUUCUUGGAGUCCGCGUGCAUUAUCUCCCCGUUCACACACUUGUGUAUGUUAUAUUAUUCUGUAUACUAUUGUUGUAGCGCGUAAGUGAUAUAAUCUGUGUCUGUGUUAUGUAAAUUAAAA